AUGAGGAACUUCCACAGGUUUUUUAAGAAUGUUAUCCUGAUGAUCAAGGUAUGUCGGUGCUUCCGGCGUGGACUGAAAGGAUUCUCAUGUUUUCACCUGGUAGAGAAAGACACUCGUGGGGCGAUUGAGGAAGACAAGAAAACUGCCAAUGCUGUGUUUGAUCGCCAUGAGUUCAGUGUUUCAAAGGAGCAUUUUCCUUUUAAAGCAAUCCAAAUCACCAAGAAGCCACCGGCGUGGAGGACUGAUUCUGAAAUAAAACAUUUGCAGAACCGCUUGCAGUUCGUGGAAAGUUUUCGACAGUAUAGUCCAACCCUGCAAAGUCUUCUGGCCAAAGUGAUUCGCUUCGAACGGUUUGGUCGCAGGAGAGUCAUCAUCAAAAAGGGACACCAGGCAGACAGUUUCUACUUCAUCUAUUGUGGUUCCGUUGCUAUCACUGAUGACGAGGAUGGUAGCAGCGCGUUUGCAGAAGCCGCUCCCACUACAGUUCGGAGAGGUGCUUGUUUUGGUGAAAUUGCCCUUUUGCAAAACACAAGGAGGGUCGCCACUGUUGUCUGCCUGGAGGAAACGGAACUGUUGGUGGUGGACAAAAGUGAUUUUUUUGCCUAUGAGCUAGACAAGGAACUUAACCGAGAGUUCAAAAACCGAUAUGAAUUCCUGAGAAGCGUUGACCUUUUUGAAACCCUGCCCGAUUCUUCAGUAGCGAAAAUAGCCUACUUCUGCAAAAUCGAGAGGUUCCACUAUGGGCAGGUGAUUACUAGCGACAUCACAGAUACGUCCACGAUGAUAUUUAUUACAAAGGGUGUGUGCGAGGUUUUGCGACUGGUGGAUCUCAGCACCUGUCCAUCUUACCACAAGUGGAUCUCAAAACAACUGUGUUUCCCCAAACGCAAGCUACAGAUGAUGGAGAAGCGCCGCAUAGCAGCUGAUAUAGCAUAA